AACCAGCUUGCCCAUGCAGAUCUGCUAGAAUGCACGGGGAAGAUAUUAUUAAUCCGAUAUAUGGGGAUGUCAAGUCUUGCUUGCUACUGUACCUACAACGUUUCUUUCAUCGUCGACAUCACCUUUUCAUCUGGGCAAAUGAUAAAAGACCGUUCCUUGCUAACCAGCCCAUCUGGUUGCCAGCUAUUGAUGAUGAGAUAUGAUAGAAAAAACGGAACAGGUUGCUCUUCACGAGUAUACGCAGCGUAUUAUUUCCCGAGAAACUCCGCCUGAUCCAAGACGCUUGGGUUCUCCAAUAACGACGGCGUCUGUCUGAGGGGUAAGCAAAUCCGGCUCAGUCGUCGCAUUAAUGUCCAGUGGUUGGCCAGACAAGAGACACCAAGACUGUGCAAUCGAGCUUUGCAUCCCUGCCAAGUUCAACAGCCCACAAUUGUGGACCUCGAAGCGGUGGGAGGGGGAGCGUUGGCAGAUCGCUGGGGGAGAAAAAAAAUACCGCUAUUUUGGCAUCAGGGAAAAUGCUCUCUUCAGUGUUGGGCUAGAGAACAAUAUGUACCCCUUUUCCCAACGUCGAGGGAGCGGGAAACAAAAUACGAAUUGGGGGAGCAUAUGGAAUGAGAUGGAAAUAAAAUGUCUAUACAGCCCACUUUCCAUGUUCCUGGGAAGAUCGUGGUCUUGAAGACCUCCGCCCUUUUUUCCCCUAGCAACAGAAAGCCAUGCUCGCUCGUGCUUACGCUCUGCCUGGGUUCAAUGGUAGUUAGGUGGGGGUUUAUCUACGAUGGGGGAGGGGUGAACAGCCUCCCUCAUCCCCCGUCUUGGGCCUCAGCUCCUAAAAUAAAAAAUCUCUCGCUUCUUGCGCCCUCUCUUGCAUCAUCACCAAUUCCCUGGUGGCAGCCGGUGGGUGCCACACUGCCAG